CUGCUUCUGCUGCCACUGCCGUACCGUACCGUUCCCGUCGCAUAGUAGGCAGCUCAGUUACAAGACCAUUAUUUGACGUAUUUUUUGCGCGCUCGGUUGGCCGUUUGGUUGGUCGUCGCUCGGUACCUCGGUUGGUUGAUCGGUUUGCUCGGUUUGCUCGGCUAUAUCCAUAGCACGCCCAGUCCCAGGCCCCCCUCCGUCGGAGGCUUGGAUACAAAGUGGAUUUGGAAGAGCAGUUCUGCAGUCUCAUCGAAUCGUACUCGCACUCGCACUCGCCCUCGUACUCGCACUCGUUAACCGGGACCGGGUAUCGCAUUCAUGAGCUGGCUCAUUGGCAUUCAUUUGGAUUCGCACGCCGACACCGCCAGUAGUGCGUUCAACGCGGUGGUCACCUCCUCAUCCACAUCCACAUCCACAUCUAAAUCCCCAGGGGCUCAGCCUCAGCCUCAGCCUCAACGAUCGCUGUCCAAGCCACGCGCGAGUGAUCCAACCACACUUAAAUGAUUCCAAAUCCUCUCCUGAAGUGCUAACACAUUUUUAAAUAUAUAAAUACAACAUAUCCGUGGAUACAGACGACUCCCCCGCCCCCGUUCAGUGAUCGAAUAAAAAAGUGUCUUAAAGUGAAGAAGAAAAUCCAGCAACACGCACUCCAUCCGGGACUCCACUCUGGUCUAGUUGGUGUGGCAAGCAAGAUUGCUUCGUUUCGGUGCAGAAUAGUAUGCGAAUUCGUCCACAGUGGAUUCAACGAAUAAAAUGGCCGUUGGACCGACGGAGGGCAAACAGCCGCCCUCAGAGAGCUUCUCGCCCACGCACCACCAGAUUAUAGCGCCCAGUCCGAUACUGGCGGUGCCCACACUCGCCUUCUCCGCCGCCCAGGUGGAGAUCGUCUGCAAGACCCUGGAGGAUUCGGGCGACAUCGAGCGGCUGGCCCGGUUCCUCUGGAGUCUGCCCGUCGCCCUGCCAAACAUGCACGAGAUACUCAACUGCGAGGCGGUGCUCCGGGCCCGGGCAGUGGUCGCCUAUCAUGUUGGCAACUUCAGGGAACUUUAUGCAAUAAUAGAGAAUCAUAAAUUUACUAAGGCAUCCUACGGCAAGCUGCAGGCCAUGUGGCUGGAGGCCCACUACAUCGAGGCCGAGAAGCUGCGCGGUCGAUCCCUAGGCCCCGUGGACAAGUAUCGAGUGCGCAAGAAGUUUCCGCUGCCACCGACCAUCUGGGAUGGCGAACAGAAGACGCACUGCUUCAAGGAGCGCACGAGGAGCCUACUGCGCGAAUGGUACCUACAGGAUCCCUAUCCGAAUCCCACCAAGAAGCGGGAGCUGGCCAAGGCCACCGGCCUCAAUCCCACGCAAGUGGGCAACUGGUUCAAGAAUCGCCGCCAACGGGAUCGGGCUGCUGCGGCCAAGAAUCGCCUCCAGCACAACCAGAACUCGGGCAUGGGCUGCCGCAGCCGGCGUGCAGAUGGCGCUGCCUCGCCCACGCCCUCGGACAGCUCCGACUCGGACAUCUCGCUGGGCACCCACUCACCGGUGCCCAGCAGCCUGCAGCUGCAGCACAGCCCCGGGAGCACCUCCAACGGCGCCAAUGACCGCGACGAGAGCCUCAGCGUGGACGACGACAAGCCGCGCGAUCUGAGCAGCUCCCUGCCGCUGGCCUCGCCCGGCCUGACCCCGCCCCAGCUGCCCCACGUCGGAGUCGUGUUCGGUGGAGCGGGUGGGGGUGGGGGUGGUCCUCCACUGCCCGGGCCGGGGGGUUGUCUGCCGCCCUUCAAGCUGGAUGCGGCCACCAGUCUGUUCAGCGCCGGCUGCUACCUGCAAAGCUUUAGCAACCUGAAGGAGAUUUCGCAGCAGUUCCCCAUCCAGCCCAUAGUCCUGCGGCCGCAUCCACAGCUGCCACAGCUGCCCCAGCUGCCACAGCCGCUGGCUCUGAACGGAGGCGCCGGCGGACCUCCGCAUCUGCAUCAUCCCGCCUAUGCGGCCUAUGUGGAGUGCGUGCCCAGCCACGCCCAGCAGCACCCACCGCCCCCCAAGCUGCGCAUCAACUCCCCGGAGAAGCUCAACUCGACGGCGGUGGCGGCAGCCGUUGCAGGAGCGGGAGCGGGAGCAGGUGCAGGAGCAGGAGGCGGUGCGUCGCAUCAUCACGAGGCAACGAACACGGGCUACCACCACAGUGGGCAAUUGCUGCUGCACAGACCCUUCUCAACGUCGCCCGAGCUGAAGCACAGUGCCCCAGAGAUCACAUGAUAUCAGCGGGUCUGAGGUGUCGCCACAUCCCCACACCCACGCCCACACCCGCACCCACACCCACACCCGCACCCAUACCUGUCCCCAUCUAUACCCCGAAGCACUAAGGCCCAGCUAUUCAAAUUGUUUCAAUUCUAAUUCUAAGUUAAAUGUAGUUAAGCGCAUCCCUGGAGCGAGUUCCAGUUCGAGCAAUAACUGAAUCCGGCAAGAUCCUACCUACCCUACUACCUACCCUAUAUCGUACCGUACCCUAUGCUCGUAAGCCCCAGCAAGUACUCGUACCACAGCAAAACGCAAGCGUCGCACACUCUUCAAAGAUAGCCAUUUAAGCCAGUUGGAAGGAGAGUUACAGAUAGAGGAACCAGAGGGAUACACUCGUACUAUAUAGAGACAGAGACAGAGACAGACAGAGAGAGAGAGGCCAGGCCGAUGCCGAUGCCGAGGCCUGGGAGCUGAAUGUGAAACUUGAAUUCGAAACGUUUUCAUUCAAACUUAUGUGUGUGUACGUAAUUGUAAAUAGAGUUUAAGUAUGCAAAUCAUAGAGCUUACGUAUACAUUUAGAUUGCAAUAAAAACCGAACGAACAGUUAAGA